GGAAGUCCCGAACUAGAACGAUCGGCCGCCCGAACUUAUAAAUAGAAUCGGUUCACGCUUUCCUCGCCCUUGCUAGUGAAAACUCGACCAGAACAGCGUUACUACAGCAAAAAUGUCAGCAGACAGCGUCGGAUUCUUUAAAAAGUUUCACGAAAAAAUCACCAGCGAGGUCGACGACGUUACGCGGAACAAUUUCGCUAACCUAGAGAGUAACGCGAGUAGGGUAUCAUAUUUACACGGCUUGCCGGCUGUACGCGAUUAUGAUCUGUCGAGUGAUGUGAAUAGUGACGAGAUUUCCGUGCGGAAGGACCUGGAGAAGGCUCUUCGGUUGAAGGAUGAAGGGAAUCAGGCGGUGCAGAAGGGGGAUUGGGUGAAAUCCCUGCAGCUGUACACGCGGAGUUUGAUGUAUGUGCCGAAGAAAGACAGUGAUGAACUCGCUAUAGUGUAUGCAAACCGGUCAGCAGCUUUAAACCAUCUGGAGCAGUACGAAGAUGCUCUGGAUGACAUCAAGAGAUGCCUAUCCCUCGCCUAUCCACGACAUCUGAGAUACAAGGUUCUGGAGAGAAAAGCGAGAUGUCUGCUUGUUUUACAGAGAAACCAGGAAGCCGUCAAAGCUUUUCAGGACACAAUAAGCGCCUUAGAUGAAGCUACGAAUCUAAACAAAGAGAAAAGACAAAAAAUGAGAACAGACGCGAAGCUGAUGCUGGAGGUUUUAAACAAAGGUCUCGUGUUGGCCGGUCAACCGAAAGAUCCAGAACGCUUGAAGAAGACACCACCCAAGCCCAAAUUACAGUGCGCAAUAAAUAAACAAUACCCUGCCGCUUCGGCAGCAAUUCAAAUUGACCAGGACGAUACUAAAGGAAGAUACGCUACAGCAGCCCGAGAUAUUACCGCGGGCGAGACCAUAUUGAUUGAAAAACCUCAAAGUGCCGUCCUUCUUCCGGAGUAUGCUAAGACGCAUUGCCAAAACUGUUUUAUGAAAUGCCCCAUUCCUUUGGCUUGCCCAAAUUGUCCAAACGUUAUUUUCUGCAGCGAAAAGUGCCUGGAUGCAGCAUUGAAAACUUACCACGCAUACGAAUGCCAUAUUCUACCAAUAUUAUGGAAAUCGGGCUGCUCUGUUACAUGCAGCAUAUCAUUGAGGAUGAUAACACAGAACAGCAAAGAAUAUUUCAAGAAGAUUCAAAGCGAAUUGGACAAAAAACCUAACGGCACCUACAAGAGUGAGGACUACAGAAACAUUUACAAUCUAGUGGCACACGAAGACAAAAGGACCAAACAGGACUUCUUACAUAGAACACAAAUGGCAGUAUUUCUGCUGAAACUAUUGGAACUUAGCGGAUACUUCGAUGGAAAACCCAGAGAAAAGCCGCUAGAAGCAGACAAUUUAAGGACCAUGGCUACUGCAGAAGAAUAUAAGGAAGACGUAGCCUUCUUCGGAAGCUUGCUCCUGAAAAACCUUCAAGUUCUUCAAUUCAAUGCCCAUGAAGUUUUCGAGUUGCAGUGUCCAAGGCCAAAGCCUGGUCAGAACAUUAUCAAACACAACGGGAAGUCCGUGUUCCUUGCCGGUGCCGUGUUCCCCACGUUGGCUUUGUUCAAUCACUCCUGUGAUCCAGGUGUGGUAAGAUAUUUCUGGGGACCUUACGUAAUCGUCCGCGCAGCAAAAAAUAUCAAGAAGGGCGAGGAGGUGGCAGAAAACUACGGACCCAUCUUCACUACAGUUUCAAAGGAGCAGAGACAAGCUGACCUGAGGAGUCAGUACUGGUUUGACUGCAAGUGCAAACCUUGCGAAGAAAAUUGGCCCAUGUAUGAGCAGAUGACGGAAAAUUACAUGAGGUUCAAAUGCAACUCCGACAAGCCCUGCCCGAACGUCAUCCCUGUGCCUUACGACUGCAACGAGUUCAUGAUCAAGUGCGGCCUGUGCAACCAGUACACUAACAUACUGAAGGGACUCAAGUCUUUACAAGACACAGAGAUGAUGUACAGACUCGGUCGAUCAGCGAUGGACGGAGGAAAGUACAGUGAAGCUAUUAAGAAGUUUACGGAAAUGCUUGAGUUGUAUGAUAAAACUCUAGCUCCGCCGUACCGUUCCUACUACGAUUGUGUUCAAGACAUGCGGCGGAGUAUGCUGGCGAUGGGAAACUAUAGCAUUGCUUGAUUUGUACCUAUAUUACUUAUAUGAAGUUGUUUGAAAAAUAAAGACAUUUUACUUGA